AUGGGUAAAGGCGUGGCUCUGUGCUUUGUGCUGCUGGCACUAUCACAAGGCGCCCCAGGCCAGAGCAAGAGGAGGAAGACGCAGCGAGAGAGCAACCUCGUCAUUCAGGAGGAUCCGAAAGGCCUGGUGUGCCCCCUGGAGGUGGCCUUCCUGCUGGACGGCUCGGAGACGGCCAAGCUGGGGCUGUUCCAGCAGCAGCAGGGCUUUGUGCGACGCUUCUCUCAGCGGCUGAUGCAGAUGCAGCUGCAGGGCUGGCGGCUGCGCACGCGGCUGGCCGCUCUGCAGUACAGCAGCUCCGUCUCCGUGGAGAACAGCUUCCAGGACUGGCAGGACCUGCACGCCUUCCAGAGCCGGCUGGGCCGCAUGGCCUUCAUCGGCCAUGGCACCUACUCCGCCUACGCGCUGGGCAACGCCACACGGAUGUUCGUGCGCGAGACGGAGCCGGGCAGCCUGCGGGUGGCGCUGCUGAUGACGGACGGGGCGGAUCACCCGCGCAGCCCGAGCGCCGCCGCCGCCGCCGCCGAGGCCCGGGGCCAGAACGUGUGGCUGUUUGCCGUCGGGCUGUCGGAGCGGGCGCGCGAGCCGCCCAACAGCGCCAGGCUGCGCGCCAUCGUCAGCCCCCCCGCCCACACACACGUGCUCAGCCUAACCGACAGCCUGCUGGACGACAAGCUGUACAAUGAGCUGGUGAGGGCGUGCGCUGACCACGGCUGUCCACAACCAAAAACGUGCUUCUGUGAAAAAGGGGAGAGAGGCCCUGCAGGCGGCCCUGGAACAAAGGGGGAUCCUGGACCCCAGGGGCCGCCCGGUCUGAAGGGAUCGAUGGGAGAACCUGGGAUCAACGGACAUCCGGGAGCUGAAGGUGUCGAGGGCCGAUCGGGUGUCAAAGGGGACAGGGGGGAGAGAGGGGAGUGUGGAACUCCUGGGCUGAAGGGAGAACAGGGCCUGGAUGGACCACUUGGCCCACGAGGAACCAAAGGAGAGCAGGGCCCGAGCGGACCUCCUGGCGAUCAUGGUCCCGAGGGACGGGCAGGACCCAAAGGCGACCGUGGACCGCCCGGAACUCCCGGACCACAAGGAGACAUGGGAAUCGGGUUUCCUGGACCAAAGGGUGAUAAGGGGAACCAAGGCAGACCUGGGCCCACCGGUCCCCUUGGCAUCGGGGAACCCGGCCCACCGGGCCCUCCUGGACCAGCAGGGGUGCACGGCUUCCAAGGCAUUCCAGGGGAGGGACUCCCAGGGACUAAGGGCGAUCGGGGGUACGACGGCCCCGCAGGGCAGAGGGGGCUCCCUGGAAUCGGGGUGAAGGGUGAAAAGGGAAACCUGGGAGCUUCAGGACAGCCAGGGUUCAGGGGGUUUCCAGGAAUGGGGAUUCAAGGAGAAAAGGGGGACCAGGGGCCAAUGGGUCCCCCAGGGCCCAGAGGGGCACCAGGUGUAGGAGUAAUGGGUCCGAAGGGCAACCAGGGGUUUCCGGGUGAGAACGGGCCACAGGGCGAGAGGGGUGUCGGAGAGCCAGGGCCUAAAGGUGAGCCUGGCCCAGACGGGUCACCUGGCAUUCCAGGUAUCCCAGGAGAGGAUGGAGCAGUGGGCCAAAAGGGUGAGAUGGGGUUACCAGGCCAGCGUGGCCCUGAGGGAGAGCCAGGGAAAGGAGAGCCCGGGGAGAAGGGAGACCGGGGCAAUCGGGGACUCAGGGGACUCUCUGGGGCCGCAGGCCCUGUGGGGCCAGCGGGGGCCAAGGGAGAGCCAGGAGCGCCGGGGCUGAUGGGAUUGGCAGGGCCACCUGGGAGGGGCUUACCGGGGGAAAAGGGGGACCCUGGUCCAGCUGGGCUGCCUGGGCCUGUGGGAGAGUCAGGAGUCGGGAUCACCGGGCCCAAGGGGGACAGGGGAGCCCCCGGACCUGUGGGACCCCCGGGAGAAAAAGGGGAGGGCUACACUGGGCCUCAGGGACUCCCUGGGUUACCAGGACCGUCAGGAGAGAUGGGACCCGAAGGAAGGGGAUUACCCGGAGAUAAGGGAGACAGAGGUCCCCCGGGCGUUCCGGGACCAUCCGGGCCACCAGGAAUUGGGUUGUUGGGAUCUAAGGGUUCUAUGGGUCAGCCUGGGCCAGCUGGAUCUCAGGGCGCACUUGGAGAGGGCAUUCAGGGACCGAAGGGGGAGCCUGGGUUUCAGGGCAUGUCUGGCCCCCGGGGCCCCCCAGGGGAAGGCUUACCUGGCGAAAAGGGAGACAGGGGAUUGGCUGGCGACCGAGGGAAGAAAGGAGAGAAAGGAGAAUCUGGGACAGCAGGAACACCAGGACCCACGGGGAGGCCUGGUCAGAAGGGGGACCCAGGUUUGACAAGAGAAGAGGUUAUCCAAAUAAUCAGGGAAAUCUGUGGCUGUGGUAUACGCUGCCGGGAGCUUCCGCUGGAGCUGGUGUUUGUGAUUGACAGCUCGGAGAGCGUGGGGCCCGACAACUUCGCCCUGGUGAAGGACUUUGUGAACGCGCUGAUCGACCGGCUGUCGGUGAGCCGCGAGGCGACGCGUGUGGGCGUGGUCCUCUACAGCCACAUCACCACGGUGGUGCUGAGCCUGCAGCAGCUGUCCAAUCAGGAUGAGGUGAAGGCGGCGGUGCGGCAAAUGGGCUACUUGGGCGAGGGCACCUACACAGGCAGCGCCAUCCGGGAGGCAGCGCGGCUCUUCCAGGCGUCACGGCCCGGCGUGCGCAGAGUGGCCGUCGUGCUGACGGACGGACAGGCGGACAGACGCGACCCUGUUGGCCUGGAGGAGGCGGUGCGGGAGGCCCACGCUGCCCGCAUCGAAAUGUUCGUGAUCGGUGUGGUGAACCGCAGCGACCCGCUCUACGCCGAGUUCCAGAGCGAGAUGAACGCCAUCGCCUCCGACCCCGACCGCGAGCACGUCUACCUCAUUGACGACUUCAUGACCCUGCCGACCCUGGAGAGUAAGCUGCUCAGCCGGAUCUGCGUGUACGAGGAUGGGUCCCCCUUCCGCCCCACCUACAAGUCCUUCCUCGCGGCCGGCCCCGCCUACACCCCAGAGACGUACACGCCCCCCUUCACAGGAGACUACGACAGGUUCACCAAGGAGGCAGGACCAUCAGAGAGGCCCACGCAACCGCAAGGUCCCAAGCCGGGCGUUAGUUUCUACAUGGACCACAAUGUGACGGAGAAAACCACUUUCAACGAAUCAAUCAACACUCUGACAGACGUCAUACAGCUGAAGCCACGCCCACCUGUCACUUCGGUGAUGGAUUCCAACAACUUCACAAACUGGCAGUACCUUCCAGAGACGACGCAGCCACCCCCUGAUCACCAAGCCCCGCCCCUCACCCAGGAAGUCUUCAUACCCGCUGUGGGAUGUGAGCAGGUUCUGGACCCAGGCCCGUGUCGACAGUACGUGGUGAAGUGGUAUUACGAUUCGGUGGCGGACUCGUGCGCCCAGUUCUGGUUUGGAGGCUGCGAGGGGAACCAGAACCAGUUUGAGACUGAAUCCAGCUGCGUGGCUGCCUGUGUCCGAACAUGACACAUCCGUAGUUGAAGUAUAUUGCAUGAGGUCCACACUGCAACUUCAGGAGUCAACAAUAUACCAUCUCACACACAUCUGCAGUAUUAAAAACUGUGGCAUUAAGUUGUGGAAAAACUGCCAUACUGAUUAUUCAAAUGACAUCAUGGCUUUCAGACACAGAAUAUCUGGGUGAGUCCUUAGCUGGACUACUACGCGUUGCUGACCGUCAGAAUAGCCUCAGAAAAUGAUUUUUAAAAGAGAUAAUCUAUAACA